GUGAAAGUAAAAAAAAAAAGCUCUGAAAACUUGCUUUAUAAUGUCAUCAUCACUGCGAGACCCAAAAGAUCUGAACAGUCCCCCUCUCUCUCUCUCUUUAUUUCUCUCUCGGAGAGCUCUCUCUCUCUCAUGGCGGAGUACUGGUGAUUCCGUUUCGCCAUCGGAGAAUCUCUGUAACUGAUCAGUAGUCGAUGAUGAGUGAACUCGAUCUCGGAACGAGUCAGAGGAUGACGGAGACACACCGCACCACGACUACGACGACGUUUCUUGAUUUGCUCCGUCGUCAGAUGAGCGGUCACGAUCUCACCAGGAGGAAACGCACUCUUAAAGAACGGUUGAGAUUCAAAUGCAUCGGAGGAUGCUGUGGUCCGACCUGGAGUCUCCGUCUAACUAACAACGACGCCACUCUCCAUAGUCAAAGCUCCAGAGACGACGAAGAAAUCGAAGCACAAACCGAAACCGGACUCGUUCCCGGAUCGGGUUCGGGUAUGAAUCUCGCGACGGCGUUAGAAGCGGAGAGAUAUAACCGUGGAGGAGAAUCGACGGAAACGGAGGUAGAUAUGACGCCGACGAGAGUUUCGUUGAUGAGAUUGCUUGAGGAGACGGCGGAGAGAGCCGCUCAUGACGACGGCGGAGGAGGAGGAAAGGAAAUGGAGAUAAUAACGGCGUCAAUGGGGACGUUAACGGGUAAUGAUUCUGUGUGUUGCGUGUGUAUGGGAAGAAAGAAAGGUGCUGCGUUUAUCCCAUGUGGUCAUACUUUUUGCAGAGUCUGCUCUAGAGAACUCUGGCUUAACCGUGGAUCGUGUCCUCUUUGUAACCGUCCGAUCAUCGAGAUCCUCGAUAUCUUUUGAAAAAACGAUCGGACGGCUUAAAGUCCUCGAUCCACGUGUGAGUAAAUUGAGGUCGAAUCCCUAGAUAUACGUUCCAAAUUCCAAAAUUUUAGCUACGGUUUUGUGUACUACUUUGUACGUUUUUCUUUUGGUUUUAUGGAAGGAAGUCAGAUGAUGUAAAUGCAAAAAAAAAAAAAAAAAAUCAGCAAAGGCCCAUUUAAUCUAUUUAAGCCCAUCACAGAAACAGCGGAAGCUUCUAGCCUUAUUUACAUUGAUCAUGACGCGAUGAUUAGAAUCCAAAACAAUGCUCGCCUCACACCCAUUCAACGACGCGACGCUUUGUAUGUUCGAUUCCUAGGUCGUCACGUGGCAGAGUCGUAGGCGA